GGAAUCUAGGUGAUUGGUUUUUCAAUACAAUAUGGACUACAGCCACUAUGUUUGUGAUUUAGGAAAGAUGUCAGAAAAACCAACAACCAACGACAUGUACGGAGAGCAAAGCGAUGAAGAGGAUGUUAAAGUAGCAGCCCAGGAACCAAUCAAGCCUGCCCCUCUCCCCAAAGCCAAGCUUCCUGAUUUACCUAUUAUAGAGAAGAACAACUGGCUAAUACAUAUGUUAUUUAUCAAUAAAGAGUUUGAGAAAUGUAAACAGGUUAUCAAGGAACAGAUUGAGAUGACAGAGCGAACCUGCGAGUAUGCACUGUACGUUCAGGGUAUGAUACAGAGAAACGAAGCCAUGAUACAGGAAAGUUUGGAGAGUUUCCAAGCAGCUGCCAUGCUCAAUCCUAACAGCUUGGAAAAUUUAAAACAGGUGGGAAGAUCUCUGUACCUACUAGGAAGACACAAAGCUGCCCUGGAUAUAUACGCUGAGGCAGCAAAACUCUCACCUCAGGACCCAGAGUUGCUCCAUAACCAGGGCGUCUGUCUGGUUUACCUCAAUGACUACACAAAGGCUGAAGAGUGUUUCAAGAAAGCUCUAGGUGUACAGAAAACAGAGCACUCUUAUUCUCAACUAGGAAAAAUGCACAUCUUACGAGGUGACAAGGACGGAGCUCUAGCAAUCUACAAGAAAGCAGUGGAGAACUUUCCAGAAAACUCGGAGCUUUUGUCGGUACUGGGUUUAUUGUAUCUACAGAUGGGUGAUACACAGCGGGCCUUCGAACAUCUGGGUAACGCUAUGACGUAUGACCCCCAGAACACUAAAGCAAUAAUGGGAGCUGGAAGUAUAAUCCAGGACCACGGAGACUUUGAUGUGGCGCUCACCAAGUACCGUGUAGCUGCCUCCGUUACUCCUGAGUCACAUGCACUGUGGAACAACAUAGGGAUGUGUUUUUUCGGGAAGAAGAAGUAUGUUGCUGCUAUCAGUUGUUUGAAGAGAGCUCAUUAUUUGUCCCCCUUUGAAUGGAGAACUUGCUACAACUUAGGUUUAGCGCACUUGACAAUGCACCAGUACGCCAGUGCGUUCCAUUUCAUUAGCGCUGCUAUCAACCUCAAACCUAAGUUUGCUCCACUUUUCAUGCUACUGGGAGUUGCUCUAACACAUUUAGAAGACCCCAGCAAUGCAAAGCAAGCUUACGAACAAGCCAUAGCUAUUGAGACUGACAACUCUAUGACGUAUUUGAACUACGCAAUAAUGUUGUUCAACAGCGGAGACAAAUCCCAUGCUGCUGCACAAUACGCUAAGUUCGAAAUGUAUCACCAGAAGAAGGCGCUGAACGAUCCUGAUGUAAACGCACUUGUUGCAAAACUUGGUCCAAUUUUACAUAUGGGAUCUUGAAAAUACAGACAUUUGGUCAGAAUUUUGUAAACUGAUUACCGUAACCGUGGUUUUAGGAGUUUGGUAAAGGUCUUUAAUAUACGUAUAAUUAUAUAAUAUAUGUACAAUUAUAAUGUACAAUGUAUAUAGAUUGUAAAGUGAAAUGAUGGUGCGGUCACCACUUGUUCGUGAAGAAGUAUAUUCUCUCAACUUUUCAGUGAAUUGGUGUUACCUAAGCUACGGCCUAUGUCACCUAUGUUGAGAUUCGUUAAGUUGCUUUAACAGGGUUAUCACAUCGUGUGGGCAAUUUAGAAUAUUUUGGUGACGAAUUACGAUUAACUUCGGUACUUUUUUCUAGACCAAUUAUUAUUGUUUCUUAGAUCUUUAGAUGAUGGCCAUUUCCUCUGCGUAUAUUUGUUAUUUAAAGUUAUUAUAUUGUUGAAUAUGUUGAUGCUUUCAGUUUUUAUUCAGAAGAUAGUUUUCAACUUUCGGUUCAAUUUGUCAGCAGAACAAUAUCUGGAACAAAUUUGGAAAAAAGCUUGUUUGAUACGAAGGAAACACCUUUAUUCAUUUGAACAAACCAC